AUGGAGGAGAACAAUUUGUUUGAUGUUCUUGAUAGUAGAGUUUUGAAGGAAAGUAAAAAAGAAGAGAUCGUUGCAGUCGCGAACCUCGCAAAAAGGUGCUUGCACUUAAAUGGGAAGAAACGACCUACAAUGAGAGAAGUCGCAAUGGAGUUGGAGGCAGUUCAAAUGUUGCAAAAAGCUCCGACCCUUCAACAAGACUACAAAGAGCUUGAAUAUGUCCGAGUAGAUAUGUACGAGCCAUGGGAUGUUCCAUCAUCAUCAAUGAAUGUGGUUAAGGUGAUUGGCUGUUGUUUGGAGACCGAAGUUCCUCUUCUAGUUUAUGAAUACAUUCCUAAUGGAACGCUUAUCCAAUAUGUUAAUGGCCAAAUUGAGGAGUUUCCACUAACAUGGGAUAUGCGCUUGCGAAUUGCAACUGAAGUAGCAGGAGCUCUCUUUUACUUACACUCAGCAGUUUCCUCACCCAUUUAUCAUCGGGACAUUAAGUCUACAAACAUACUCUUAGAUGAAAAAUACAGAGCUAAAAUAGCUGACUUUGGGACUUCAAGAUCUAUCACUGUUGAUCAAACUCACUUAACAACCCUAGUACAUGGCACUUUUGGAUACUUGGACCCUGAAUAUUUUCAGUCAAGCCAAUUUACAGAAAUGAGUGAUGUUUAUAGUUUCGGCGUUGUCCUUGCUGAGUUGUUAACUGGCGAAAAAGCAAUCUCUUCAACGAGGACGCAAGAAUCCAAAAGUUUAGCGACAUAUUUCAUUCAAUCCAAGGAGGAGAACAAUUUUUUUGAUGUUCUUGAUAGUCGGGUUUUGAAGGAAGGUAAAAAAGAAGAGAUCGUUGCGGUCGCGAACCUUGCAAAAAGCUGCUUGUACUUAAAUGGGAAGAAACGACCUACAAUGAGAGAAGUCGCAAAGGAGUUGGAGGCAGUUCAAAUGUUGCAAAAAGCUCCUAACCUUCAACAAGACUACGAGGAGCUUGAAUAUGUCCGAGCAGAUAUGUACGAGCCAUGGGAUGUUGUUCAAUCAUCAACAUUGUCAACCUCAUCUGGAGACAUCUAACCAUUAUUAUCUUCUCAAUUUGUAUGAAUCAGUAUUUAUUUAAUGUAAUGUUAU